GCUGUUACUGUGGCUAAAGUGGCUGUUGGCUGUGUUAGCUGCUGAGCUGUCGCUGUAGCUGUCACUGCCUGUUGACUGUAGUUGACUGCUGGCUGACGGCGUUUACGUCAGAGUUACAAACUGUGCUUAUUUAAGAAAUCUAAAGCAGAGUAAAGUCUGACUAAGCUUCUAUGAUAAAACAAAAAAUAAAGUGUCUAACUAAAAGCAGUGCAAAGUAAAAGAAAAAAAAAUUAAAGAAAAGUGAUAUUCUAAAAGAAAAAAAACAUAAAUGGAUCGUGGUGUACAACCGGAACCGACAGCGUCACCCAAAAUGGAGACAACUGCGCCGGACCUAAAUCGAGGGGAUGCUUCGCGUAAAAGCGUUCGCCUCUAUGCAGCACGCAAAGGCUUAGCGCCAGCGCCGCCCAAAUUAGGGCUGGGUACAAGCAGCAGCAGCAGCAGCAGUAGCAGCAACAAUACCAACAACAAUAGUGAAAAUAAGAAUAACAACAAUAGCAGUGAUAGCGACAGCUUGCCCCAACACAGGAGACAACAGUUUGCCAACAGUUCAACGACUGCUAAGGAAAUCGAUCUCAGCGAUGCGCAGCAUGUGGACUAUGAUGCAGUCGUCGAAUUGCGUAGGCCAGGUGAUAUAGCAGUGCCACUGCCACGCGUUGCCGUUUCAGCUAUACCAGCGCUUCACCUACAGAGCCAGAGUCAAAGCCGGCCAAAGGUAGCGCCACGUGUUCAAAUGUCUGCCGAAGAUGAUGUGGGCGUUGCUUUUGCAUUGGGUUCAAUUGAGAAGCAUAUACUCAAUGUGGAGGAAAGUUUCAAACAGCAACAGCUCAGUGAACAGCAGCAGCAGCAGCAGGAACAGUCUCAGUCAUCCAUGGAUGUGGUCAUACGCAAGCAGAGCAAGCGCUAUGGCGAGACAGAGAAUUUACUGCGGCCGGGUAUUAGCGAUAUGUCAUCCGAGAAUGACUUUCAAUAUCUGGGCGGACGUCGAUCCCAGCUCGAUGAUAGCAACGAGCAAAUGAUGACUGAGUUUCAACGCGGCAGCGACGGACGCAAUUCAAUUGGUGCCUAUUCGAAGAACUCCUCAGGUACGGUUAGUGGUCGGCCAGGAGCGCUAAAGGCUAAGCUCGCUCGCACUGCCUCGGAUACGAAAAACACGGACACGGUGCUGGCUAUGCGUGCUAAUCUGAAACAGAAAGAGCAUCAGCAUCACGAUGCCAAGCAUCAGCAGCAGCAGCUGCAGCAGCCUCCUUGGCGACCGUCAACCAGUCAAGAUCGUCAAGCUCCAACGCCAGCUGCUAGAACCUCGGCGAGCAGAGGUAACAGCAGCACAAGCGUUGUGGACGGAGGCUCUGCCUCAAAGUUGACAGCGACAACAAUUUCAGCUAGUAAGCGACGCGAGGAGAAUUUGCGUCAAUUUGAGGCGCUGCUGGCACAGAAAUCAACGCAUCGUCAUGCAAACGCUGCAGCUGCAUCGAGUGGCACCAAUGCGACAUCGAGCAGUCAUGCGUCGGCAUCUGCGGCAUCAAAACGUCGAUCGGAGCGUCCCAUUGUCGCACCAAUACCACCAUACAGCUCCAGUCGCCCAGAUACUGGUCCUCUGCCCGUCGAGCCGCGAUCCACCAGCUCCGGGUCCGGACACCAUCGCACUCCAGCUACCAAUGCAGCUGUCACACGUACCAAUGUAUAUGGCAACAGUGUUGCUCAGGGUUCCCCGAAUCUGCAGAUGCGAAGCAGUGCUCCGAUGCGAUGGCGUGCCACUGAGGAGCAUAUCGGAAAAUAUAAGCUCAUCAAGACGAUCGGAAAGGGAAACUUUGCCAAAGUCAAGCUAGCAAAGCAUCUGCCUACUGGAAAGGAAGUAGCAAUAAAAAUAAUUGACAAAACCCAACUAAAUCCUGGGUCACUUCAGAAACUUUUUAGAGAGGUUAGGAUAAUGAAAAUGCUUGAUCACCCCAACAUUGUUAAACUUUUUCAAGUAAUCGAAACGGAAAAGACGUUGUAUCUCAUCAUGGAGUAUGCCUCAGGUGGUGAGGUUUUUGACUAUUUGGUACUACAUGGGCGUAUGAAAGAGAAGGAAGCGCGUGUUAAGUUUCGUCAAAUUGUAUCGGCUGUGCAAUACUGUCAUCAGAAGAGAAUAAUACACAGGGACUUAAAAGCUGAGAACUUAUUAUUAGACAGCGAGCUGAAUAUAAAAAUAGCUGAUUUUGGAUUUUCGAACGAGUUUACGCCAGGUUCAAAGUUAGACACAUUUUGCGGCAGCCCACCCUAUGCAGCGCCCGAGCUCUUCCAGGGUAAGAAGUAUGAUGGACCGGAAGUGGACGUGUGGUCAUUGGGCGUUAUACUGUAUACGUUAGUGAGCGGAUCCCUGCCUUUCGACGGUUCCACUUUGAGGGAGCUACGCGAACGCGUACUCAGAGGCAAAUAUAGAAUUCCAUUCUAUAUGUCAACUGAUUGCGAAAAUUUGCUGCGCAAGUUUCUAGUACUAAAUCCUGCUAAACGUGCUAGUCUUGAAACAAUCAUGGGCGAUAAGUGGAUGAAUAUGGGGUUUGAGGAUGAUGAGCUCAAGCCCUAUAUAGAGCCAAAACAAGAUUUAGCCGAUCCCAAGCGGAUAGGUAAGACGGAAGCUCUAGUCGCAAUGGGCUACAAUCGACAAGAAAUCGAAGCGUCGCUGGCUCAGGUGCGUUAUGAUGACGUGUUCGCCACGUAUUUGUUACUGGGUCGCAAGAGCACUGAUCCUGAAAGUGACGGGUCACGAUCCGGAUCAUCGCUCUCACUGCGCAACAUCUCUGGCACUGAGGCUGGGGCUAAUGCUGGCAAUGCGAUCGUGCAAAGUCCCACACAUCGUGGCGUACACAGAAGUAUAUCGGCGUCGAGUACCAAGCCAAGUCGUCGAGCUUCGUCCGGUGCGGAAACGUUACGUGUUGGACCCGCAAAUGCCACAACAACCGUUACGGCUGCUGCAAUAGGCGUGGCGCCUGUCAACCCAAGCAAUAAUUAUAAUGCUGUUGGAUCAGCCGCCGAUCGUGCAUCAGUUGGCAGCAAUUUCAAGCGUCAAAAUACCAUAGACUCAGCAACAAUUAAAGAGAAUACGGCACGGCUGGCCGCACAGAAUCAGAGACCAGCGUCUGCCACGCAGAAGAUGCUAACCACAACAGAUACAUCGCUGAACAGUCCAGCUAAGCCGCGGACAACUGCGAAAUACGAUCCCACUAAUGGAAAUCGCACAGUUGGCGGUACGAGUGGCAUUAUACCACGACGUUCGACCACACUCUAUGAAAAGACUUCAUCGACGGAGAAAACCAAUGUUAUUCCUGCAGAGACAAACAGUGGAUCUGCAGCUACCGCUGGAAAGGGUCACACAAAAAGCGCCUCUAUUUCAAGCCCUAGGCCAUCCACUGAUGGAUGCAUAUCAGUAUCAAUUGACCCACUUGGAUCGAGGGCAAGAAACAACACGGCGCUGGAAUAUUCCGGUACGAGUGGAGCAUCCGGUGAUUCCCCUCAUCCGGGUCGCAUGAGCUUCUUUUCGAAACUUUCCUCCCGUUUUAGCAAACGUACAUCUACAACGGAAGAGGCAGCCAAGCCAAGAGUUUUGCGUUUCACAUGGUCUAUGAAGACGACAUCGCCGCUGAUGCCCGAUCAAAUCAUGCAGAAGAUAAGGGAAGUUCUUGAUCAAAACAACUGCGACUAUGAGCAGCGCGAAAGAUUUGUACUCUGGUGUGUACAUGGCGAUCCCAAUACCGAUUCUUUGGUGCAAUGGGAAAUCGAAGUUUGCAAGUUGCCGCGACUCUCAUUGAACGGCGUUCGCUUUAAGCGUAUUUCUGGUACUAGCAUUGGCUUCAAAAACAUUGCGUCUCGCAUUGCUUUUGAUCUCCGCCUGUGACUUGAUAAAACGACUAAUGAAAGCUGCACAGCCACCACCAGCACCACCGAUGGCAGCGAUACGAAAACCACCUCCACUGCCAAUAAUCAAAUGGCUGAAAAAUCGUUGCUGCGUCGAUCAUUUAGUCAACAACAAAGAUCAAAUCGAUUCAAGAAUCGGAAUCGCCCAAAGAAGAGGUCAGGCGGCGGCGGCGGCAUGCUGUCGUCAGCUUUUCAAGUCUACUUGCCCUUCCGAUCAAAGGAGGAGGAGAAUAUGAAAUCACAAAUCAAAUUUGAUGCGUUUCGCUCAGUCGAUAAUGAAUAUGAGAGUGAGGGGCAGCGUGCACAGCUAGAGUCAAUGCCCAGUAACAAUAUUGAAUCUCAAGAUAAAGACAACAAAACCAAGGCCAACGAGGGUGGUGGUGAGUGUGUGGCAAUGGCUGGUGGCAGCAGCAAUAGCGGCAGCGGCAGCAAAGGAAAUCGAUUUAAAAGAAA